GUGGAUUAGGCCCUGGACCAUACACCACAAGACCAUCUUUUCAGGGGCCAUACACAGACCUCAAGAGGAGAGACCAGAUUGUAAUAUUCCUUAGCCUCUACUCACCGCAAUGGCGUUCCAGUCAAAUGUGAUCAACUCACAGCCUCGAGUCUCCGUCACACAGUACACCGUGUCGUCCGGAUUAAUGGAUUGGAGUUCAAAUGUGUGCGACUGCUGUGACGACUGUGGCAUCUGUCUUUGUGCAACAUUCAUCCCUUGUAUCCUGGGCUGCAAGGUGGCUCAGGACAACGGGGACAGCUGCUGCCUGCCCUUCCUUCCAGGUGCCAUGAUUGCUUUGAGGACAAGCAUCCGCAGCAGAUACAACAUUGAAGGCUCGGUGUGUGACGACUGGGUCAUCAUGACCUACCUGCCGAUGUGUGGACUGUGUCAGAUGGCACGAGAGCAGAAGAGGAGAGGAUAAAAAGAUUGGACGUUAACAUUAAAAAAUAACGUAAAAAGAUAUAUAUAUAGAUAUAAAAAUAAAAAAAUUGGAAAGUAACAAGGAAUACUUUGAAGAGGUUAAGAAUUCAGAUGGAUGAAAACAAUAAGAAUUGUUCAAUUCACCAAAACUUAAACUGACUAAUUGUCAAUGAACACUCACUGAAAUUGUCCAACAUUGAAGACAUUGUCAGUAAAUCAGCAAGUUUAUAGUGGUGAAUUUACACACAUUUCUUUUGAAAUGAAAUGAUACCUGAACCCUUUUUUUCUUUUCUACAAUGGUAUUCAAUAAAGUUUAUCAAGUGUCCAUCAAGUAUCCUAAUUCAAAAAAGAGUAAUUUGUCAAUGAACUAAUGUAUAUUCAUUCAGAAUACAGUAUUUCAAUAAAGAACUGUUGGGAU